CGUGUAGGAUUAGGGUUUCUUUUUUUCACUGUUUGCAGAAUUUGUGGGGUGGCUGGUGGUGGCGGGAGGGCAGGAUGAGCUAUGCCCAGCUUUUGUCAGUGAACGGCAAUAGAAGUUUAAAUGCAAAGUAAGCUCUCUCUCUCAUUUCAAGAAGAGGAAGUUGAGCAGUUAUUGUGUCAGCUCAAGGCUUCCACCCUUCUCCUUGUAACUGCUAAAAAGUUUGACCAUGAUGCUCCGGGCAGCCCAUUUGCCUAACCUUUCUGAGGUCCAUGGGAAGCAGGACGUGGAUGAUCCUUUGGCAGCCCCGGCUAUGAAAGAUGAUUCUCUGCUUGAAGCUCAGAGUGCAAACCAUGUGCCCAACCUUAUGCCUCCAGUGUCCCUGCUUCAGCCAGUAGCAGCCCAAGAGCUAUCUCCACAACUCUGAAUGAUGAGCAAGGUGUCUUCUUCUCCGACAUGGUUGAGGAAAAGGAUGACUCUUCGUCUAUGGAGCUGGAAGCGCACAGCAGUUCCGAGGACCUUCUUUCCCUAGACCCCAUCCUUCCGGGAACCGAGUUUUAUGAAGACUUGGGCCUCUUGGACCCCUUAGAAAGCUGCACCCCUCCAGAAACGGAGCUCCCCAGCACCCCAACUUGUCCCCACCCAAAAGAAGUGUUCAAACCCUCUGGCGAGAACUUUCACAGCCUGACCAGUUUGAAGUCGCUUUACUGUGUGGUGCAUUAUGGGGAAGCCAGCUGCCACUUCCUGAGCAACAACAAUGUCUGUUCUUGUGUGGCUGGGCCCCAGGAUCCCCAUGCUAGGACUGCAUGCCUGGACUCACCAGGGGAAGAGGGCAAGGGAGAUGACUUCUUUCCCAUCUUGGUACGGUCUAUGUCGACCUCCCGGAGGCACAGCUGGGAAAACCCCAUGUCGUCCACAGAGAGCAAGCGCAGGCUCAGCCUCGACGCCUCAGAUUUGGGAAGCGACGAGGAGAGAGGUCUGCCCAGAACAUCGGCCAGCUGUUCACUGAAUCUGCCCAGGGGGUCAUUCAGAGGCUGUCUCGAAGGUGACAGAAACAGACUUGGGAAUGCGGAGGAAGUUCCCGAGACUCUCCCCGAGGCCAGCGAAAGGGACCCAAAAGGCUUGGAGUGUGGCAACGCUGGAAAAAGAUUGAGUUCGAAGUCCGUUCCUAAAGCCUGUGAUAAGGUUUUUUCCCCAAGAAUAUCUCAGAACUCGGAGGUUUCCAGUCCAGUAGCUCAAGACAUUGAAUCACCUGUGCUGGAGGGAGUGGAAAAGGGCCACAUGACCGCAGAUCAUGUGCUAAUUGUCCAGCAGGUGCUUCAAGAGCUCAAACAGUACCAUGGGGCAAAGCAAGGAUCUUGGUUACCUGAUGGCCAGGAAGAAACUCAGAAGAACCUGACUUGGUUUGAGUUCUUGGCUAAUGAGAAUGAAGACAGUGGGAAGAUUGAAAAAAGUGAGAAAGGAACCAAAGUGAAACGUCGACUGAGCUCCCUAAAGAACCGUGUCACUGGCUCGUGGCAAAAAGAUAAGGGUAAGAACAAAGAACAGAAAGAGAAGGAGAAGGAGAAAGAGAAAGAAAAAGAGAAGGAGAAGGAGAAAGAAAAGGAGAAAGAAAAGGAGAAAGAACUAAGGGAGAGGUGGAAAAGCAUAAAUGGGCACCAAUUAGGACCAGGGACAUUUUCCAGUUGCACGAACUGCUCCCUCUGUGGCAAACCACUGAACAAAAUUGGCCUUCAAUGCUUCAACUGUGCAGUGAAUGUUCAUAAGAACUGUAAGAAUUUACUGGCAGAGUGCAGUAAUAGCAAUAAACCCAAGCACAGACCUCCUGGGUCUCCACCAAGUUCAACCCAAAGAUUUUAUCAAGCCGCCUCUCUGAAGGAGCAGCCCCGAGGCAGCCUCUUGGGCUCUGAUGGCACCCCAGUUGUGUCGCGGAAUGUCGGCAUGACUGUCUCUCAGAGGGGAAGUCCUCAAUCUGCGUCGAACGCUGCUGGGACUGUAAAUAGAUUUGGACCAAUCACAGGAGAGAUGGAUGAAGCAGAUUCAGGAUUUAUAAAACUCAAGCAAGCAGCAGAUGAUUCUCUUUCGCUCGUGUCUUCAGCAACCGAGACUAUUUUUGUGGAGGAUUCUUAUUCUGCCUCCCUACGAAGCGAGAUAGAAGCAGAUGCCCUUGAGUUUGAGGCUGAGUCCUGGAGUCUGUCAGUAGAGCCAGGGUAUGCGAAGAAACAAAAAAGGGAAGUAGUGAAAAGGCAAGAUGUUAUCUACGAGCUGAUGCAGACAGAAAUGCAUCAUGUCCGAACGCUGAAAAUCAUGCUGAAAGUCUACUCAAAAGCACUGAAAGAAGAAAUGCAGUUCAGCAGUAAAGACAUCAAUCGAAUCUUUCCAUGUGUGGAUGACUUGCUGGAAAUGCAUGGACAAUUCCUGUUCCGGUUAAAGGAGCGUCGGAAAGAGUCCUUGGAAGAAGAGAAUGGCCGGAAUUAUGUCAUCCAGAAAAUUGGGGACCUUUUAGUACAACAGUUUUCUGGUGAAAAUGGAGAGAGGAUGAAAGAAAAAUAUGGUGUCUUCUGUUGUGGACAUAAUGAAGCUGUCAGUCACUAUAAAGAGCUUCUGCAGCAAAACAAGAAAUUUCAAAACCUGAUAAAGAAAAUAGGCAACUUCUCAAUUGUGAGGCGGCUUGGGGUUCAGGAAUGUAUUCUCCUAGUUACUCAACGCAUUACCAAGUACCCGGUUUUGGUGGAACGCAUCCUUCACAAUACUGAAGCGGGUACUGAAGAUUAUGAAGAGCUAACUCAGGCUCUCGGCUUAAUAAAAGACACCAUCACCCAAGUUGACGCCAAGGUGAACGAGCGCGAGAAAGGGCAGCGUCUCCGCGAGAUCGCCAGCAAGAUAGACCUCAAGUCCUCCGGCAAGCUCAAGAAUGGGCUCACGUUCCGGAGGGAGGACGUGCUGCGCAGGCAGCUGCACCUGGAUGGGAUGCUGUGCUGGAAAACCGCAUCCGGCCGCCUGAAAGAUAUUCUUGCUGUCCUGUUGACGGAUGUACUUCUGCUGCUGCAAGAAAAGGACCAGAAAUAUACUUUUGCAUCUGUGGAUGCAAAGCCACCAGUCAUUUCUUUACAAAAGUUAAUUGUAAGAGAAGUAGCUAAUGAGGAAAAAGCAAUGUUCCUGAUAAGUGCAUCCUUAAAAGGACCGGAGAUGUAUGAAAUUUACACCAGCUCCAAAGAAGAGCGGAAUUCGUGGAUGGCUCUCAUUCGUAGAGCCGUAGAAAGCUGCCCUAUUGAGGAGGAAGGGCCACUUGCUGGACUCGAAGAAGACAGAAAGAUAGCUGAAAUGCGAGCUGCUAAAUUAAAAGAAUUCCAAGAGCGUUUAAGCGUGAAAGAUAACGCGAUUGCUCAGAGCCUCUAUGAGAAGCAGCAGAUUUAUUUGGAAAUGCUUGAGAUGAGUGGAUUUGAAGAUCCCCCCCAGGGGCCCAGAUCUAAGCUCCUUUUCCGAAGCGGGGAACCUCUAGAAAACCUGCAAGGCGAGAUGAUCCUGAAAUCUGCAGUGACAGAAAUUGAGUAUCUCCAGAACCUAAUAUGUAAACAUUUGGCUAAUGCCAAUUAUCAUUCUGAAGACGGCUCUGGCUAUUCCUUAUUACCAAGGAGAGCAGAAACCUUUGGAGGAUAUGACAGCAGCACAAACACAAAUAAAAAUGGCAGCUUCAAGAAAAAAGUCUGCAGCAGUGACCCCCGAUUGAAAGACUGGAGAAGCCCUUUGACCAGUUCAGACUCGCAGCUCUGUGACCUUCCAGGGGACUCUGAAGAAGGAUUGAGCACAGCCGACAUAACCAGACCAGAUUAUAGCAGCAGUUUGCCAGCCACCUUGGAAUCUGAGCUUGUCCAGAGAAUACAGACUCUGUUGCAGUUGCUCCUCAAUCUCCAGGCUGUGAUAGUUCAUCAGGAUAGUUACAUUGAAAACCAGCGGGCCAUUACGAUCGAGCGAGAGAAGCUGUACCGGCUGCAGUCAACACGUGGAAACUUCCUCCUGGAACAAGAGAAGCAGCGCAACUUUGAGAAGCAGCGAGAAGAGCUGGCGAACAUGCAGAAGAUUCAGAACCAACUCAAACAGGAGCAGCAGCGUUGGGAACGUGAGCGGGAUCGGCAGCAGAAGGAAUUGGAAUACACAGAGGCCCGGCUACAGGAGCAAGAGAGCGAAUCCCGGCAGCUCAGGGAAAGGUUGAACCAAGAAAGGGAAGAGCUGGAUCGGCAACGAGAGGCCUACCAGCAUGAUCUGGAGAGGCUCCGGGAGUCGCAGCGGGCUGUGGAAAAGGAAAAGGAGCGACUCGAGCAGCUGAAGAGGCUGAAAAAGCAAAACACCGUCUCUGGACCGACUGAAAUCGGGGAGAGCCAAAGUCUGAGUCAUUCUUCCAGCUUCAAUGGAGAGGGGAUGGAAGGGUCUGUGCAGCUGGCGAGAGCCACCCCAAGAACAAGUGUGCUGUUGUCUGGGACAGAUUACAUUGAGCGCCCCGAGGUAAUCCGCCGGGACAGCACCACGAUGGAGGGCCGCCCCGUGAAGAAUGACGUGCCGAUCCAGCUGUUGAGUGCCACCAACCAGAUCCAGAAGCAGGCUGCCGUUCAGCAGCAAAUCCCCACGAAGCUUGCCGUGUUCACCAAAGGAAGCAAAGAGAAGGGCGGGAAGAGCAAAGCCUCCCAAAGGACAGACAGUUCAGUCUCAUUUGACCUGAAACAGCAACUGCUGCUCACUAAGCUCAUGGGCAGAGAUGAAAACACCCUGAAGAAUCGCAGGUCUGUGAGCCCAGUCCUGCCAAACAGCCAGCCUGCUCCCCUGAAUCCAGAGUCCUCUGCACCAACUGACGUUCCGCCGGAGCCGUUUCCUUCCGGCCCCGGGAACGCGUAUAAGCUGAGCAGCAUUCCCUUUCAGCCUGCGGCAGCGGCCCCUACCCCACCCCAGGUCUCUUCUGAUGAUGAUGCCAACAAGGAAGAUGUCAUCUUUUUCUAAAUGAUGAAGAGGCUCCUGAUGCCAUCCUCUCUGAGUGAACCAAAAGGCAAACUCCAGUGCAAAACUCAUACACUUCAACGUCACCCAUCAGGACUGAAGUAAAAUGCUAACUUGUCGCAAGUUAGCAUUCUACUGAGAACUCUAAAGGGGUCAUCUUGACAACCUUAUUUACCUUUCCUCUUUCCAAGCAGGAUGACCGUUGACUUUAACAUGGCUUAGCUUCUAUUGGUAUUUUGCCAUCUGCUGUCGUUUUGCCCUUUUUGGGGAAUUGGCAGUACAGUGGAUCCUGGUUGAGUUGUUUUUUGGGUUUUGUUUUUUUUUAACCUCUUUUUAAGAAAAAAGUUUUAAUUGGAAGGUGAACCAUACAGAGAUGAGCUGCGAGUUGUUUUAAGGGAAAAAAAAACCCAUUUGGGUAAAAAAGAAAACUAUUUUAAAUCUGUUUUUACAGAGCAGUGGCCACUGAAUGGGAUUUCAGACAAAUAACCAGCCAGAGGACAAGCCAGCACCUUAAGGUGCCGACUUAUCAGCAACAGCAAGAUAGACAUGAGCUACCUGCUUUUGCCAGGGACAUGGAACUCCCAUUUCUUUUAGUGAGUGAGUUAGAACAUGUCCUUGGGGCGCCAGGUGGGUUGGGCCUUCAAACUGCUAGCGAGCCUGGGGGCCCCGAGCCCUACCUGGCCCGCAAAAAUCGAACGUAUGGAAUGUGUCGAUUCCACCUCAUAACGGGGUGAAGGGCCGUACUAGCAACCCGCUCUCUUGGCCGUCACACGGAUUUGCAAGCGGUACAAUGUCCAUCUUCAGAAAUGGCGCCUUAACACUUUUGAGGCAUUAACUGGGUGUGGUACAAAUUUCCAAAAGCAAAUCAUAUGUUGGUUCAUAGUGAACCUCAAGAUCAGGGAAGUUUUCCCGAUCAUUGAUGAUGAUGCUAAAUAUUAAAAAAAAAAAAAGCAAGCCGAGUGCAAUAGGUUACUGUCUUCUAUAAUCCUUUGUCUUCUAGAUUGUGACCACCCUGUUCUCUGAGGUGUUGGCGUAAAACAGAGAGUGCGCCAGAGCGGGCAUUCCCCCGAGUGGGGACUGAUCCGCAGAAACACAUCAGGAAUGAAGGGAAAAAGGCAGAUGGAAAAAAAAAUGAAAGAAAGAAAGAAAUCAGUGACCAUGGACCAAACUGUUUUACUGGUGAUUUGAAACCUCUGGUAAUAUGAGAUUGACUUUUCACAAAUCGUUUUAAUGUGGUGAAAAGAAAAUUGCUCUGAUGUUCAAAAACAAUGAGUUUUUAUGGAAAUGUGUCCAUUCGUAAUAAGUAAUACCUUGAAUUUGUAUUUUCCAAAGUGCUUUCACGUCAGUGAUCUCAUUUUGUCCUCACAACAUCCCUGAGAGGCAGAGAAGGGCUGUCGCUGGUAUUGCGAAUUUUGUUUUCUACGUAAUCCUGGCACGCUCUUGGUUCUCACCCUUACCAGGAAUUUACAGGACUUUGGAUUCUCAUGGAACCCAGCACAAGUUGGAGAUGCGAAAUCAAGUUGGCAACAAGCGGUCCAUUGAGCCGUCAGGCUGGCUCUCAUCGAGCUCAGCUUCACCACUCUGCAGGCCAUAGGGCAAUAGUGCCAGGGGGAGGAAGUGCAUGAAGCCUCAAGACUCAAAGGUGAAGGAACAGCACCCCCCCCCCCCCCCCCCGCCGACACCUUUGGGAAAAGUGUUUCUCUUAGAGGCUUGCUAUCCAGACAGACUGAACUCAACCAUAGGCAGGGAAUCUUUUGAGCCAGUUUUCGGUGGCUGUUGACCAGUGGGCCUGUUCUUAUCAAGUGAAAUGGGGCAGUUAAAUGGGUUGCAGAGUAGGUGUAACAAGUUAAAGGUAUCACCAGCCCUGGGCUCUGUGGUGUUCAGCAAGAAACAGCUGGAGAUGUUGUAGUGGCCCAUAGAAUUUCCCGAGAGGAAUAGGGGCUAAUCUGUUAUCCUGUCAUUUUGGCAGCAGUUGAACCCUGACAAGGGCCAGAAGCAAGAAAAAAUCUUAUUGUGUGGAGGUUGGGGAGGAGCAGCGGAGGGAGCAAGAAUCCUGUAAAUGUUCUUUGCCUUUCUGGAGGGGGAAAUAGCCGGAGCUAAACUGAUCUUCCUACGGCUCUCCCUGAAACGUUGUUUAAUUUAAAGAGAAGGAUUUGUGUGGGAGCCAGAGGGACUGGUUAAUCCAGGGUUCCCUAAUCUCUGGUCAGCCAACCAAUCCCCAUUGAGGGCCCCGUCUUGACCUGUUGGUGUCUUGGCUUCAGCUGGGGCCUUGCAGCUUCCGGCCUCAUCUCUGGCCCCCUGCUGUAGCAGGGGACAGCGAGGGGUCAUUCAGUUUUUGGCCACCUGGUGAAACUCUGAAAGCUGGAAGCCCGUUUGCUGUAAUGGUACUUUAGUGCUUGGAACUUGGAACCCGAGGUAUCCAGGGAAGAGCCUCCACCACUUCACUUUCCAGGACCUCGGACUCUUGGUGGCCAGUGACUGCCAGUUCCAGAAUGACCUGACCCACCGGCUUUCAAAUGAAAAGUUGGAUCCUGAUUUUAGGACUCGAUUCCCUUGUUGAAUUGUCCUUGAGGUUCAGUGGACCUCACCUGUGUGUUGAACAGAGGGUGGAUCGGCUGAAGAUCGGGCCCCAUUUUGAGCACCCAGACACGUGGCCUGAUGAUUCACUGUUGAGGGCCGGUUAGUGAUGUCCAGGGCAAUAGCAAAACACCUGGUGUGUUGCCGUGGCACCCCAGGUGUAAAAAAUGUCAUUGUCCAAGCUGGCGUUUUUCAAACCAAGGGGCGUUGAGGCAUUCUCUUACGGGAGGGGAGGGGUGGUCUCAGAGAUCAGAUCUACAGGGCUCUCCGUUGGCUGUCGGGUGGUGGUAGUAGCCAAAGCAUGGGCUCUGGGGCACCGGAGAAGAUGGCAGCCUCCACCAGAGGCUGUGUGGUGACGGAGGGGCGGGCAGUGAGCUGGGGAGAGUGUGGGACGGAAGCGGUUCAGAACCAUUGAGUGGCCCAGGCCAACUAGAAGGAUCCCAAAGGAAGCCAUUCCGGCCCCAAAUGAACCAGGUGCCUUGUAUGUCCUACGGGCUGCCGUACUUCAAACGCAGUGGGAAACUUUGACUUGGUUACUGCAAAGCUAGCCAAGGGAAGCGAUGGGUGACCCAGCCCACCUUCCUGCCAUGAGUGCGGAGUGGAGGACUCGACUCUCGGUGCCCUGACAGAUGCUCGGUUUUCUCGUGGAAGUUCCUUAUUCUUCCUCAACGCCUGUCACAGGCUUUCUAUUCUAUUAUGUAUCUUUUUGGAACGUAACCAUAGUAACUUUGAAAUGAGAUUUGUAUUUUACUCUGUGAAUUCCGUUUAGAGAUCAGGAGUGAAUGUUUUGCUGCUUUUAUUCUGCGAGUUUAAAUUCUGGUCAUUUCAUUUAUUGUGGCAGAUUGAUAUUAGGCGUAACUAUAAUGUUGACUUAAGGGUAAGGAAAAAAAAAUAGACAAGCAUCUGGCCUGGGUGGCUUAGUCACUGGCCGGCUUGAAGGCAGGGGACUGGACCGGAUGACUUCUGAAGUCUCUUCCAGCUCUCUUACUCUCUGAUUCUCUACUUAAGAACUAAACGUAGAUUGUAGGCUGUUUGUGUUUAGCUUCAGGUGAACGUGCCCGUGACCUGUGGGAAUAGGAAGUCUGACCUUCCAACUUGGAGAGAAGUUGCCUGUCCUGAGAGAAGUUUUUCUUUUCUAGACCAUUGAGCACCUUGGUUCCUUGAAGUAAAUAAAGAGGAGUCUUUCUUUGCCUUCUGACACUGUAGAUUCAGAUUCGGUCCGUCCCUGACUUCCAGUGCCCGCCGCCUACCCCGUAGGGUGGAGUGCUCCUAGCAGCAGCGUCCCAUGGGCUUUGUGGACCAGCGAUCGAUCUUUCCACGAGGCAGGACCCUCUCAACCCCGGGACGUUGCUUUCCCUGUUGUCCUGUGACUUCUUGCUGCCCCUGGUGUCGGUGGAGCAAAAGUAACUGCAAAUUAAAGUGUAUUACGAUGUACUGAGGUGAACUGAAUUAGCAUCCGGACAUUCCCGUGAACUAGCAGAAGAGACUGGAAGCUUGAAAGCCCCUCUCCCAACGGGGAAGCCAUCUGUAUCUCUCGGGAAAAGUCCUUUGGGUAUUUUCCCGGGCGUUCUUAGCACCCCCGGGCCCAUCUCCAACCUCCUCUCAAAGCGGCAAAUGCCACCAGAGUUCCCGUUUUCCCCGGUGGUGUGCUCGUGGAUCAGGGAUGUGCUAAGGAGGAAAAGUUUCUUUAGGAAAAAUCCAGUUGCUGUUCAGCGGUAGCAGUUAUUUGUCCUUGAAGUAUAUGUAUUACACACUCAAUUUCAAUUGUGCCAUGUUUCUUCUAAUCAGUGUUUUAUAUUUUUGUACUGAAAAGUUUUGGAGCACUUUAGAAAAGUUUACUUUAAAUUCUGGUUUUGUUGGAUCAAAGAAGGAAAAUCUCACACAGUAAUUGUUGGUAUCAACCCCACGAGUGCAUCUCACUGAGCUGUGAUAGUUGGAUGCUGUCUAGUCUUAGAUGUGGUUCAUCGAUCCCGUGAGGUCCAGCGGUUUCUCGGACGAUCACGACCGGAGGGGUCAUGGGAUUGCAAAUGGGCCAUGUAGUUGGGGAGCCUUCUCGGUGGUUUCCGAAGAAAUGGCAACGUUGUAAAUAAUUCUUCUCCUGCCAGGCAUAUGAGUGACUUUGUAGUGUCUAAUUUUAUUUGUAAAAUUGGUGGUUAAACAAUUGUUAAUAUUGCCGUUGAGUUGUGCACUUCUUUGUUAAUUGUGGUCCUAAUCUUAGUACACCAACCAGUUACUUUUACCAUGAUUGUGCAGUUUCUCUACUGCGGGAUUUCAGAGCUGCCUUAGUGCUAAGUCCUGAUUCUAGCAAUAAAAAUCCAUCUAAAAAUCA